AUGACUGUGAGUGGAGAAUGUGGAGAUGUCAGUGAAGCUACGGUUACUGGGUGGCACGAUAGGGUGAAGUCUCUGAUUGCUGGUUAUUCUCCCGAAGAUAUAUGGAACACAGAUGAAACUGGUUGUUUCUACCGUGCACUUCCUGAUAAAUCUCUCUCUGAUAAAGCUAAACAAUGUAGAGGAGGAAAGAAGGCCAAGGAGAGGCUAACCAUCUCUCUUUUUGCCAACGCAGCAGGUGGGAAAGAAGCACCAAUAGUAAUUGGUAAGUCUGCUAGUCCCAGGUGUUUUAAAGGCCUAAGAAAUAAGAAAUGUCCACAUGGAUUACCAUACUACGCCAAUAAAAAAGCGUGGAUGAACAUAGAUGUCAUGGAUGAAGUCAUUUUACAGCUAAAUAAAAAAAUGGAUAAGUUUUCUAACGUCAAAGUCAUCUUUCUUCAUGCUAAUACCACUUCAAGACUACAACCUCAAGAUGCAGGCAUUAUAAAAAAUUUUAAAGUUAAGUAUAUGAAGAAAGUACUUAAAUAUAUGCUAGCCAGAGUAAAUGAGGAGGAUGACACCACUGCUUCUACUAUUUGUAAAUCGGUUGAUAUUUUAAUGGCUAUACGAUGGAUAAAAGAAGCUUGGGAAGAAGCUGAGAAUGAUACCGAUGACGACCCAUUUGCUGAGUUGGAUGAAUUGGUUACACAAGUAGGUACUACUGAUGGUAUCUCAGCUGAGCAAUAUGUAGAUGAUGAAUCAUAUCUUUCAACCAGCCUUGGUAUAGAUAUUGACGACACAACUGCUGAUUGGAGAUGCAAUUUGAGAUCUGCUGUUGUUAUCGAAAAAGGGCACGAAAAAGCUGCUGAGUUACAAUCACAAGUUCUCUCGACAUUACAAGACGAAAAACUAAAGAUAAAACUAACAUCUCAGUUACACCAAACUACUCUUAGAGACUUUUAUUGA